UGGCGCCGGGCGGGGCCUUGGUGGCACCGGAAGCGGAGUACCGGCCAGGCCCGGGCGCUGACAGCGCGGCCUCAGGCCCGGCGCGGCCCUGGCCACGGCUCUGGCCUCGGCUGCCGGCGCCGCGCGGCAAGGCCUCGUUGUGGCGGCCUCGGUUCUCGGUGUGGCGGCGCCCGGCGCUCGCAGGUACCGGAGGACGCGGGGCGGGAGGAGGACGUGAGGUUGCGGCUACGGGCCUGCGAGGAUCACCCAGAAGACACGAUGAGUGUUAAAGCUUUCAAGCUCGUUACUGCCGUUGAGCGGGAGAUGUUAAUGGGAGACAAAAAUCACAUCAACAUAGAAUGCAUUGAGUGUUGUGGAAAGAACCUCUAUAUUGGAACCAACGACUGCUUUAUCUAUCACUUUAUGUUGGAUGAGAAGAUAUCAGCAUCCGGAAAAAUAACUUUUGCAGCCACCAAGCAACUGCAUAAAUACCUGGGCUUCAAGAAGCCCGUGAGUGAGUUGAAAGCAGCCUCUGCACUCACCAGGCUUCUUGUGCUUUGUGAUAACACAAUAACGCUAGUUAAUAUGAUGAACUUGGAACCUGUUCCCACUGGCGCUCGAAUCAAAGGAGCUGUGACAUUCACAUUAAAUGAGAAUCCUGUGAGUGGGGACCCUUUCUGUGUUGAAGUCUGCAUUAUCUCAGUCAAGCGACGGACCAUUCAAAUGUUCAUGGUGUUUGAAGACAGGGUCCAGAUCGUGAAGGAAGUGGUUACCCCAGAGCAGCCCUGUGCUGUGGCUGUAGAUGGUUAUUACUUAUGUCUUGCACUUACUACGCAGUAUAUAAUUUUGAAUUACAAUACUGGAAUCUCCCAGGAUCUAUUUCCCUACUGCAGCGAUGAGAAACGGCCAAUUGUGAAAAGAAUAGGCAGACAAGAGUUCCUGUUGGCUGGUCCUGGAGGGCUAGGCAUGUUUGCAACUGUAGAUGGCAUUUCACAGCGUGCUCCUGUGCACUGGUCAGAGAACGUGAUUGGAGCAGCUUUGUGCUUUCCCUAUGUGGUUGCUCUGGAUGAGGAGUUCAUUACUGUGCACAGCAUGCUGGACCAGCAGCAAAAGCAAACCCUGCCAUUUAAAGAAGGUCAUAUUCUACAGGACUUUGAAGGAAAAGUGAUUGUUGCAACUAAUAAGGGUGUGUAUAUCUUGGUACCACUGCCUUUGGAAAAGCAGAUUCAGGAUCUUCUAGCUAGCCACAGAGUGGAAGAAGCCCUUGUUCUAGCAAAAGGAGCUCGAAGGAAUAUUCCAAAAGAGAAAUUUCAGGUAAUGUACAAACGAAUCCUGCAGCAAGCAGGUUUUAUACAGUUUGCACAGCUUCAGUUCCUUGAAGCAAAAGAGCUCUUCAGAAGCGGCCAGCUUGAUGUCCGGGAGCUGAUCUCUCUCUACCCCUUCCUGUUGCCUACUUCCUCUUCAUUUAUACGGUCUCAUCCUCCUCUGCAUGAGUAUGCUGACCUAAACCAGCUGACCCAAGGGGACCAGGAGAAGAUGAUCAAAUGCAAACGAUUCCUCAUGAGUUACUUGAAUGAAGUCCGCAGCACUGAGGUUGCAAAUGGCUACAAGGAAGACAUUGACACAGCUUUACUCAAGUUAUAUGCAGAGGCAAAUCAUGAAAGCCUGCUGGAUCUCCUGGUUUCAGAGAACUUUUGUCUCUUAACAGAUAGUGCUGCCUGGCUGGAAAAGCACAAAAAGUAUUUUGCCCUUGGUCUCUUGUAUCACUACAAUGGUCAAGACGCUGCAGCACUUCAGUUAUGGGUGCAAAUAGUUGAUGGAGACAUCGAAGACUCUACACGUUCAGAUCUGUAUGAAUAUGUAGUAGACUUCCUUACGUUUUGCUCAGACCAGGAUCUGGUGUGGAAAUACUCCGAAUGGGUUCUACAAAAAAAUGAAGAGGUUGGAGUACAGAUUUUUACUAAAAGACCUUUGGAAGAACAAGAGAAAAACAUUAAUCCAGAUGAUAUCAUCAAUUGCCUUAACAAAUAUCCUAAAGCGCGUAUUAAGUACCUAGAACAUCUCGUACUGGAAAGAAAAAUAGAGAAAGAAAAGUACCAUACUCAUUUAGCUGCCUUGUAUUUGGAGGCAAUACUUCAGCUAAAAUCUGGGACCACAGAUAACUGUGUGGAAACAAUUGAACUGCUGUUGAAACUACGCAGCCUUCUUCAGAAAUCUGAUCUUUAUAGAAUUCACUUUAUUUUGGACAAAAUCCGUGGCACAGACCUUCACAUGGAAAGUGCAAUUUUAUAUGGAAAACUAGAAGAACAUGAGAAGGCUUUGCAUAUCCUUGUCCAUGAGUUAAAGGACUUCCGUGCUGCUGAAGAAUACUGUAUCUGGAACUCUGAGAACAGAGAUGUGCAGUACAGACGGAGGCUCUUCCACAUGCUGCUGUCAGUGUAUCUAAAUCGAGACGCUUCGGAUUGUGCACUAGUCGUGGCUGCUGUAGAUCUCUUGAAUAACCACGCUGCUGAGUUUGACGCAGCUCUGGUUUUGCAGCUGUUGCCUGACAGCUGGUCAGUGCAGCUCCUCUCCCCAUUCCUGGCUGGAGCAGUGAGGCAAAGCAUGCACACAAAAAGAAUGACUCAGGUUGCACUUGGGUUAGCACAAGCCGAAAACAUGAUCUACAAAUAUGAGAAGGUCAAACAUAAAGGAACUCCAAUUCUCCUUUCAGACAAAAAGAUCUGUCAGGUGUGCCAAAAUCCCUUUUGUGAGCCUGCAUUUGUAAGAUACCCAAAUGGGGGUGUGGUCCACACGCACUGUGCUGCAAACAGACAUCUGAACUCAAAUGUGAAUCCUCCCUCUUCCAGCUCCAGCAGUGACACUUGAAACGUGUUCCAGGUCCCAGAUUCCCGUGACUUAUACUCCACUGAAAGCGGACUGGAAGAAGAAAAAAAACAAGUGCAGCUACUUUAAGCAUAAAUCAAGAUGAACAGAUAGUCAUUGGGUUAAUGGGAAGACUUCAGUAAAUAUACAACACGGCCAAUUGCCUUCUCAGUUUCUAAUGAAUGUAAAUAGAGGAAAAAAAUUCACUACCGGAAAUGGAGAGGUGCAAACAUAGACUUCUGUAUAUAGUAAUAAACAGACAAAGAAAGUGAGCCUUUUUUUUCCACAGUAAGGAUGAAUGUUACGGAGACAAGGUAAAUCAUUAUUUUCAGAAAUGUCACUUUGCACUGAAUGUGGUGUUGCUUAAAUUUGUAGAGGUGGAGAUGGCAUCUAUCGGAGUAGGAAUUCUUGGAGCAUGACACAACAAGACUGGCAUCACGCAGCUGACUAUCAGGACAAAAGCACACUUUGGUUAUGAUAUUUGCUGCAGCGUGUCCUCUUUUGGGCUGGAUUCUCUUCCCUAGGAUCACAUAAUGAACGUGUUCUUUGCUCUACAAGUUGUUGGCUUUUGCACUUUUUAGUACUCUUAUUUCCUUCCCCUCUCCUCUGCUGUAUAAAAUAUAAACUUAAGCACUAGCCUGUUAAAUUUCUGCUCCUAUGGUUACUGUAGUAAACUGAGUGGAAACUGGUAGCCUCGGUCACACAGCUGUGCUUGGAUGAAGAAAUGAAGUCAGAUUAUCUGGUCAGACUGUAGUCACUUUUUUAUGGGGGAAGAAACUUUUAAUAUUGAUUUAUUUAUUAAUAUGCAAAUACACUGUACAUACAGUUGAAUAAAUUUAUCUUAUAUCAUCAUAGAGUUUCCUUGGAGGAUAAGGAUGUAGCUGAUGCGUAAGUGUGUAGGUUACGUGCUUAAGUGUUUGUUAUAACGUAAGCAGACUGAAACUCAGCAAGAGUAGGUAUUAGUACCUGUGGAUGACUCUGUGCAAUCAAGAUCAUGGGAAGGUGGUAUAACUGGGAAGAAAUCUACAAAGGUGCACUACAGAGAAUGUAGGAUUUGUUGCAUUCUACAACAUGUUCUGUAAACUAAAGCUUUUCAGACAGCAACAAGACUCGUACUGAACUGCCACGAUAAAUCAUUCAACCAUUUUAAAGCAGUUGAUGGGCAGCUUCCCACAAGAGAGGCUCAAAAACAAUGACUAUAAAUAAAAUAGUAUUUCAAAGUCAAAGCAUUUCUUUUAAUUUUGUAAAGUUAAAUACUAAGCUUAGUGAGCAGCAUGCAGUUGAGGGUGCCAGUAGGGCUGCUUACUGUGUUGGUGUUCCAAAUCAGAGUUGAGACUUCCAGCAAAGUGGGUUAUCUGCACGGUAUCUCCUAGGUGCGCUCUCAGAAGAGAUCUCCUGUUACAGAAAGGCUGGCUUAUGGAACAGCUUUGUCAACACUGUUGCAUUCUAGAAAUGGGCAUCCGAGGUGGGGAGGAGUAUCCAUUUCUGUGUCUUGGAAGUGAAAGCCCUUUGGAUCUUUCUCUUUCCUGAGUCUGAAAUCAGAAAAACAUAGCUGUUGUAUUGAGUCUAAAAAAAAAAUAAUAAUUAAAAAAAAAAGUGGUGCAGCUCUUUCUGCUCAGAUAUGAAAGACAGACUUAAUGAAAAGCACCUUCCAAAAGGCGUUCUCUCUCAUUUCUGAGUUGUGGUUUGCGUGAUUCUCCUGUGUUGCCUUGGUAUGAGCAGGUUCUGUAUCUUGUAUUCAUGAUUUCUGAACAAUCUGCGUGCAAACAGCAAUGGCAAAUUUCUAGUCCCGUGUCUUCAAAAUAGUUGCUCAUGGGGCAGAGGCUUUACAAAGAUUGGAUAAGCCUUUUGUGUUUGGCAGCACACUGUUCUUAGAUGCUUUCUUUUGCUGUGAGCAUCCUCAGCGUGCUCUUUUUCUGUCUGAUAAGGAGGUAAUAAGGUAAACAUCACUCUCCAUGGCUAAGACAUUCAGGCCAUGAGGUAGCGAUGAACUCUGUCAGCUCGUGUUGCAAUGGAAUAGAGAUCAUAUUAUUCGGAUCACAAGAACAUCCUUAAUGGCUAUUGCGUGAAAAGAUAAAAGAUACUAAUGUGUAGCAAAAUGAAAAAGCAAAAACAGAGUGCGAGGCUGAGGUGUAGGGCCCAGCAGGGAGGUGGUAGGUGAGGGAUGCUGUUGCAGUGUGUGCACAGCACUUCAGCAACUGGGGUAGCACUCCGCCAGAGGAGAUGGUAGCCUGUGUCAGAGUGCUGUGUUUUGUUCUCUAUGUGAUUGACAGGAAAUACAUGAAAGGUGUCUGCACUGAAAUGCCCUUUGGCAGGGCAACCACUACACCUCUCAGGCUCGGGGAGGUUAAGCUUGAUGCCAUCUUUUUUUCUCUUGAUUCAGGAGUUCUUAGACCUGCCCUUGGAGAAGAGAGGUUCAGUCAGAAUAUUUCUUCUUAACGUAGCUCUUGAAAAAAUACUUCUAAUUCUUUUUUUUAAACCUUUUUUUCUGCUAGCAGCUGUCCUCAAUUUUGUAUGUGUUGAGAUCCAAGCAGUAGCGCAGAUAUUUGUUAAUGUCACUGGGUGUCUGUGAUCCAGGGUGCUACAGAUGAGGUUAGCUUCUCGCACAGAUGCUUUCACACAGACACAUUUACCACAUAAUUUCUAAUUACAGAAAUGCUGCAUUUCUGACCUUUUUAGUCAUCUCCUGUCACGGUGGCUGACGCAUACAAAAAGCACUUAUUAACCCCCUUUCUACUCUUUAAUAUUUUUAUGUAUCCGUUCUUCCUCUCAUAAAAAUUUCCUAUAAUUUUUAUGUCAUCAUGUGAUGUUUUUUUCCCUCCCUAAAGCAAAAAGAGGGGGGAAAAAAGGAGAAAGAAAUGCCCGUAAUCUGAUGCACUGUUCAAAUGAAUAGCCGUAAACUUGUGACUACAGAGAAUUUCAGUUAGGUCUUAAUUUCUGUGGUUUAAAGAGGUAAAACUAUCGUGCCAAUAAUAGCACAAGAGUCAUGGGCUGAAAGUGUGGAGAAAACAGACUUUGUUACACAGAGCACACCACGCAUACCUAUGGGCUGACUGCUUUAGCCAGCAUUGUGGCUUCUGGCCUGCAAGGGGAAGCUGUUUUUAGUGCCCACUCUCCAACCUCCAAAAGCUCAAAUCUCUGUUACUUUUCUAACACUAAAUUGUUGUGGGUGUAGGCCUGGAGAGUUCUGGAUGUUCCUUAGCAUGUCAGGCAUCACUUAAGUACAUCAACAACGUGAAACCCGAUUAGCGUCAGCUGUGGAAAGGUGGUGGCAAGGAUAGGGCCAUACCAGAUGUUUUGAGACCUCUAUUAGAUGUUGGAAAACACAAGCAUUAUCCUAUCUAUCUGUCUACUUCGUCCUUAUAACAAAAUGUAUUUGCAAGACUCCUAUCCCGAAUGACAUUAAAAGUGUUAUUUUCUACAAUUUCAAGAGGUAAAUUCACUGUAUUGCUCUUCUUAAUUUGCUUAGAUCUAACUCUUUUAGUACAUCCUGCUGUCUGUAACAGGCUGUAACCAGCACCUUUCCAUUGUGAGUUGCCCUCCCAUUGUCUCUACUGUUAUUUUUCUCCUGCUGUACAAAACUUUGGAGCUUAUGCCCUGCAAGCAUUGAUAAUUAAAUGUGCUGCUAUUUGUAAGGGAAAAAAAGAAAGAUAAUGAUGUUCUGUAAUGUUUAAUUAUAAAAUUAAAAGUCCCUUGCAUUAAAUUGGU